CUCAGGCCCCUGGGCCUGCCCUAGGCCUAGUGGGCCCAGCCCUGCUGCCAUGGCCUCACCACCUGCGCCCCCGGCCAAGAAGCGCAAGAUGAACUUCUCGGAGCGCGAGGUGGAGAUCAUCGUGGAGGAGCUGGAGCGGGGCAAGCACCUGCUCAUCAACCACUUCAAUGCGGGCGUUCCGCUGGCUGCCAAGGCGGCCGCCUGGCAUGACAUCCUGCGGCGUGUCAACGCCGUGGCCACCUGCCGUCGCGAGCUGCCCGAGGUCAAGAAGAAGUGGUCGGACCUCAAAACUGAGGUGCGGCGCAAGGUGGCCCAGGUGCGCGCCGCCAUGGAAGGGGGCGGUGAGGGCCAGAACGGAGCUGCUGGUGGCGGCGGGCAGGACAGCGAGGACCCGGCAGGUGCCGUCGCCGCCCCCGUCAUCCUCACGCCCAUGCAGCAGCGCAUCUGCAACCUGCUGGGAGAAGCCACCAUCAUCAGCCUGCCAGCCGGGGACUGCACAGCCGGGGAUGCAGCCGAGAUCCCCAUCCCGGCCUCUGCCACCACCGUCACCCUGACACAGAUCCCCACAGAGACAACUUAUCACAGUCUGGAUGAUGGGGUCGUGGAGUACUGCACCACAGAGGCUCCCACCACAGUUACUGCUGAAGCUCCCUUGGAGAUGAUGGCACAUCAACCUGAGGUGUCUGCCAAGCCCCAGGAGCUGAAAAGCAGAAUUGCCUUAAAUUCAGCCAAGCUCUUGCAGGAGCAGCGAGUGACCAACCUGCAUGUGAAGGAGAUUGCCCAGCACCUGGAGCAGCAGAAUGACCUGCUGCAGAUGAUCCGUCGCUCCCAGGAGGUACAGGCCUGUGCACAGGAGCGGCAGGCGCAGGCCAUGGAGGGAACGCAGGCUGCUCUGAGUGCUCUCAUCCAGGUGCUGCGCCCCAUGAUCAAGGACUUCCGUCGAUUCCUGCAGAGCAAUACACCCAAUCCCUCAGUGACUUCUGACCCGAGCCAAGUGGCCCAAAAUGGGCAACAAGACAGUAUCAUCCAAUGAAAGAAGUGCUGGCUGUUUUUCUCAAAAAAACUGUCUUUGCUGCUGUAGGACACAAGGGCACAGAGACAGAUCCACUCUCGUCACAGUGGAGUGGUUCAGCUGUAGCCCUCUGGAGUAGAAAACUGUUCUUGGAGAGCUUCCUUCUCUGCGUUGAGCCUUGAUGGACUUACCAUCCAGAGUGGAAGCCAAGAUGUGCGAUGAACUUGGAACAUAAUGUUGGUGGGUUUGGUUCCUUUAAAAAAUCUAGAUUUAUAAAAAGACAAUUAUUUUUUUUAUGUCUAGGUGAAGGCCGAUCUUAAAAAAAGGAGACCUCUCACCCAGGGCUUGCAGCUUCUAGUCGACUCCUAACACGGUGAGGGGCUUGGAGUCGCAUCCUGUUGCUGAAAGAACCCAGAUCCCAUGCUGCAGUACAGGGGAGCAAAUGCAUUCCUGUCUUUUGCUGGGCAUUUUUAAGUA